AGAGAGAGAGUAAACGGACAGGGACUGUACAAGAAUGCCUUCAUUAUUUACUCGCAGACAUUGAAAGAAAGACCAAAGAAGGGAAGAAAUGACCAAGCAAUCCUUAUUUUUGAUGGAAAUGCAAUGGAAUGAGCUUUAGCUGAGAUAUCUCGAGGGAUUGCUGAGACCAGGUCCAGCACAUAAAGUGUGUCCAGGUUCCAAAGUAGCACUCCCAGUGAGGGCUGCAUGUGCAAAGCCGAGCUGUGCCCUUGCAUCGUCCAGUCUCUUUUAUGGGGAUUAUUGAUCGUGUCUGCUGAUUCCAGCAGCGUGGUCCUGAUCACUUUUCUAUCUGCCAAGGAAGAGGGGAACAGCAUUUCAGGGGCACAUCUAGCCAUGCCAGGCAGCCUGCAGUCUCUGCGCAAGGAGAAAUCGAGGAACGCUGCUCGCUCGCGCCGAGGAAAGGAGAAUUUUGAGUUCUUCGAAUUGGCCAAGAUGCUGCCCCUGCCGGGUGCCAUCACCAGCCAGCUGGACAAGGCCUCCGUCAUCAGACUGAGCAUCAGCUACCUGCGCAUGAGAGACUUCUGCAGACAGGGGGAGCCGUCCUGGAGCCCCGUGCUGGAGGGAGGACCGCACAACAAGGCUGUGGGGAGGACUCCGAUGUCACUGGCCACCGAUCUCUUCGAACACCACCUAGGGGGACACCUGCUACAGUCACUAGAUGGCUUCGCCUUUGUGGUCAGUCACGAGGGGAGAUUUCUCUACAUCUCAGAGACGGUGUCUAUCUACCUUGGUCUCUCACAGGUGGAGCUAACAGGCAGCAGUGUCUUUGACUACAUCCACCCAGCAGAUCACGUGGAGAUGGCUGAGCGGCUAGGAAUGAGGUCAUACCGCGGCAGGGGUGUGUCCCAGGCAACCAAUGAGAACACAUCCAGCUCAGCAUCCACCUCUUCAUUGGCUGAGACGCCAGAGCCAGAGGAGGACUCUGCCUAUCGCAGUUUCUUCAUCCGGAUGAAAUCCACUCUCACAAAGCGGGGGUUGCACAUCAAGUCUUCCGGAUACAAGGUGAUACAUGUGACAGGUCGGAUUCGCAGUCGGCCCACCCACAGCCCUGCCCCCUCUGUGCAGCGGGAGCUGGGAUUGGUGGCCUUGGCUCACACGCUCCCACCCUCCACUCUCACUGAAGUGCGCAUGGAGAGUCACAUGUUCGUCUUCCGGGUCAACAUGGAUCUGCAGGUCAUCUACUGUGAGAACAGGAUCAAAGAAUACAUGGACCUGAGCCCAGAAGAGCUGAUUGGGCAGAAUUGCUACCACUUCAUUCACGUGGAGGAUGUGGACUCAAUCCGACACAGCCACGAGGACUUGCUAGUGAAGGGUCAGGUGGUGACUGGGUAUUAUCGUUGGCUCCAACGGCGCGGUGGAUUCCUAUGGAUCCAGUCCUGUGCCACCAUCUCCUUCAACCACAAGUCCCCCCAAGACAGGAACAUCAUCUGGGUCAACUACGUGCUCAGCCGGCCGGAGCUCUUGGACAUUCCCCUGGACCUCCAGCAGCUGGGCGACUCCCCUGGCCUGUCCAGAAAGCCCCAGACGACAGACGACUGGCCACAAGAAGACAAGGGUACGCAUAGAGGUAAAGACACCACACCUCUCCAGAACCUGGACAGUGGCAAUGCGUCAAAGAUUAGAGCUGUAUCCUCCCGAGGGAGCCAAUCCGAGGAAAUGAGGAAGAGGAGCCGGCGGUGUGUCUCUGUGGAGGGGCCCCUGGAAACAAGGGCAAAGGGGAACCACAGCCCUUUGUCCUCGGAACUGGAGAGCGAGAGCGAGAGUGAGAGAGAGGCAGAACCUCUGUCCAAGCACAUCAAAGUGGAGGAGCGGAGGCUGGAGUCUGGAGGCAGUGAGGCCGAGGAGGAGGAGGAGGAAGAGGCGGCAGGGAGGAUCCCAAAUGGGUGUGCAGUGAUCCAGCACAGGAAAUUCCCUUCAACAUCUUCCUACUCUGAACAUGAGAUCAAAACGGAGCUGACUGGGAGUGACGUAGCCACUUCAGAGAUCUGGGGCCUCCAUUCUCUCCCUUGCACCCCACUGGACACUGAGCCUGAAACUGGGCAAUCGCAUGGGAACGGUCCCCGUAUCUGCAUUCCUGACUCUGUCCUGACCCCCCCUGGAGAAGAUGCCCCUCCUAAAGCCUUGUUCACCCCCUCCGUGGAAGCGGUCUCCCCACCGCUCUCUGCUUCUCCUCUCUCCCGGGAGGAAAGACUAUUCCCUGCUCCCUCCAUGCCCGAUUUCGAACUCCUGCAGAGGCUGGGGUUCGGUGGAGGAGUUAGAGGGCUGGGAGGGAUCAGUCGGGUGGUCCUCCCUUUGCCUCGAUCAAUGGGAGGCCCCACUCCUCACAGCCUAUAUGCCCCCAGCACCAUCCGCUAUGCCCCCGCAGAGCUCCACCUCCCUCAGGCUGGGGCUCGUCACCAGCGCCUCUCCAUGCAGUCCCCGGACCUCCAGGCAGACCCCAAGCCCCCGCCGCUGUUCCCCCCCCCCCAGAGGCUCAGUGGGUUGCCUCCCUUCAGUGGCUUCACUGCCCUGGACACCCCAUUCUCAGCUCUGUCUUUCUCCAUCAACGGGCUCCGUGGUCCUUCUACCGAUAAAGACGAAAACUGAGUCUUCUGCCAUUGGGACUUUUAUUAGGAUUGUAGCCAGGGCAACUGGGUUAACUCCCCUUGCUUGUCUCCGAAAUAAGGCCAUAUGAUAGGAUUAUUGACCACAAUGAAGGCAAGCUCCUACAUUGAGAUCCACUGGGGUAGUGGUGGGGUGUUAUCUGAGGUCUUCUUGUACAGAAUGUUUGUGUGAGUAAUUGCAGUAUGAAUGAAAAUGCUGAUCAAUUCUUUCUGAAAAAGGGAAACCUGUGGCACUUGUAAAGAACUCUCUGUAGCUCCUUGUUAGUUGUUAAUUGUGUAUAAUUCUAAAAUAUUACACUACAUAUUGUUGUGCUUAAUACAGUAGCGAGAACACAACUGGACGAGACCUGCCACUGUUCGUCUUCCAAUCAGAGGACAGCUUAGUUUUAGGGAUUUGUAUUCACAUGCAGAUUACAUUACCCCAUUAAAUACCAAAUAACAUUUUCUUUCAGAAUACAGGUUGUAUAAAUGUAAUUCUAAAUCAAGAUUUCUUCAUAGAGAAAAAAAAAAAUGUAAAUCCUUCCUUUUGGCUACAAACGGCUGUGUCCUGUUUUGAGGACAGUCAAAUUAGUCGAGCCUGUAAUCAGAGCAGUGAGAUUUCACUAUGAAGCUCAAAACAUGGAACUUUAUCAUCAGUGUGGGGAGCAAAAAACACCCAAGAAAUGUAUCCUUUUUAGGGUGCAGUUUCUUAACUGUUGCGGUUAACAAAAUUAGAGUAAGUUAUAACAAUAUAGUUAAAGAAACCAUUUAAAUGGCAGAGAGAUUCCCGUUAAAAACUCUUCAAAAAAUGACAAAGUAGCCUGUCCUCAGGUGAGGGCAAAGGCAGUUACUGGGUUUACUUUGUGGGCAUAGUUUGAGAUGGAACGACUACACAGUAACUUAUUAAACGAUAUUUUAUGUUAAAGUGUUUUUUUAUUUUUUAUGUUUUACAGUGGGUUCAGUAGCCAGGGCAGAGGGUCAAUUUGUUGGAGGAAUUUUUUUCAGAACUUCAGCAACCAUUGUUUUUUUGUUAAAACAGAUCCAAAAUUGUACUUUGAGGUGACUUACUGAAAUUGAAGGGUGUGCGCUGCCUUUCAUCCACCCCAAAGACAGAUGCAGCUUAUUCAAUGUUUGUUUCAGUGAUUGCUACCGAACUGGAAUAAAGAAAUAACCACUAAUCAAAGUUAAACAUGAUAUCGCCCCCCCCCCAGCCACUUUAUAAGAACUGUAUGCAAAUAUUCUGAUAACACUUUAGUUAAGCUAUUUGUUGACUGAUUUAUAAACAGUAAUAAAGUGUACAAUAACUGCAUUGUAAAAGUAAAGAAAUUUCAUCCCUUUGGUGAGAAAGACACAUGAAAACAUGCUGACGUUGUAACCAAUUAUAAGCACUAGCUGAAAAUAAUGGCAAAAGUGUAAUCAUAUUCUAUAAUUGUUACUAGCAUUAUCAAUAACAUGUUUAUAAAUCGUUUCGGAUCACUUAUAACCGAUACACAAAGUAUUAAAACGUUACGUUAAAUACAUAAACAUACGAAUGUGUAAAGAAGACAUCAUGUUCUCUUUCUUGUUUAGCUGGAAGGAAUCAUUUUGGGAAAUGAUAUUUCCUUCCAGCUACAAAGUUAUCUGAACCUGGGCCCGUAAUGUGUUCAUUCCCAUCGCUGUAGCUUAACACAGGGUCCAAAAAUCAAUAAAUAAAAAUCAUUAAACAAAAACAAGCAAGCUAUAGCAUUCUAAGUGUUAACGUUCGUGUGAAUAAUGCAUCCAGUCAAAACCUUCACUGAAUAAAUACAAAAUAAAAUCUAUGCCAUUAAA